AUGCACAUAAUGACAGUCGAGGGAAUUGGUGAUCGCCGGCGAGGUUUGCACCCAGUCCAGGAACGAUUAGCCGAGGCACAUGGUUCACAAUUUGGAUUUUGCACCCCUGGUUUUGUGAUGUCCAUGUAUGCGCUGCUGAGAUCAAGUAAAUAUCCCCCUACUAAAGAGCAGAUUGAAGACAACCUUGCAGGAAAUUUGUGUCGCUGUACUGGCUACAGACCAAUAAUAGAUGCCUUCGGUGUUUUUGCAAAAACAGAUGAUUCCUUCUACACUGCUUCACUUUCAGAAAAUGUUAAUGGCCAAGCUAUCUGCCCUUCAACUGGGAAGCCAUGUUCAUGCAGAAAUGAGACAGAUGUUGAUGCUAAUGAAUCUUCAUUAUUGUCUUUGGUGAAAACCUACUUACCUAGUUCAUAUAAUGAAACUGAUGGAAAUGCAUACAAUGAGAAGGAGCUCAUUUUUCCUCCAGAACUUCAGUUGAGAAAAAUUAUGCCACUUAAAUUGAAUGGGCUUAAUGGGAUUCGGUGGUAUAGACCUCUUAAACUAGAGCAGCUACUGCAGCUGAAAUCAUGCUACCCAGAUGCUAAACUUAUCAUUGGUAACUCUGAAGUGGGAGUUGAAACAAAGUUCAAGAAUGCUCAAUAUAAGGUCAUGAUCUCAAUUAUGCAUGUUCCAGAGCUUCAAACCCUCAAAAUGGAAGAAGAAGGCAUACGAAUCGGUUCUGCAGUUAAACUUGCAUGGCUCCAGAUGUUCCUAAAAAAAGUUAUUGCAGAGCGCGGUUCUCAUCAAACUUCGUCUUGCCAGGCAAUACUACGACAGUUAAAAUGGUUUGCUGGAACACAAAUCAGGAAUGUUGCUUCUGUUGGUGGUAACAUUUGUACUGCUAGUCCAAUAUCAGACCUAAAUCCAGUUUGGAUGGCUACAGGUGCAAAAUUCCAGAUAAUUGAUGUUAACAAUAAUGUUAGGACCACGAUUGCAAAAGAUUUCUUUCUUGGUUACCAUAAAGUUGAUUUGAAGGAUGAUGAAAUAUUGCUCUCUGUUAUACUACCAUGGACAAGACCAUUUGAGUAUGUCAAAGAAUUUAAACAGGCACAUAGAAGGCAGGAUGACAUUGCUUUGGUGAAUGCUGGGAUGCGUGUGCAUAUAACAGAAGCUGAAGGUAGCUGGAUAGUAUCUGAUGUCUCUAUUGUCUAUGGAGGGGUAGCUGCAGUGCCACUCACAGAUGGAAAAACUGAAAGUUUGCUUGUUGGAAACAAGAUGGACUAUGGCUUGUUGGAUGAGGCCUUCAAUUUGUUAAAAGAGGACACCCCACUAGCAGAGAAUGCACCAGGUGGAAUGGUUGAAUUUCGCAGUUCACUUACUUUGAGUUUCUUUUUCAAAAUUUUCCUUUAUGUAACACAUGAGAUGAACACUAAGGGGUUGUCAAAGGAGGGGCUGUAUGUAGCUAGUAUGUCAGCUAUACAGUCGUACACUAGGCCUUUUACAAUUGGAACUCAAGGUUAUGAAUUAGUGCAGCAAGGAACUGUUGUGGGUCAACCAAUGGUUCCUUUGUCAGCUACGCUUCAGGUGACUGCUGAGGCAGAAUAUGUUGAUGACACACCAACACCCCCGAAUACCUUGCAUGCUGCUCUGGUACUGAGUAAGGAGGCUCACGCUCGCAUUUUGUCUAUUGAUGAUUCAGUUGCCAAAUGUUCCCCUGGGUUCGCUGGUCUCUUCCUCUCAAAAGAUGUGCCCGGUGCUAACAGUAUUGGGCCAAUUAGAUUCCUCCACAAAAAGAAUAUUGGGCCAAUUAUCCAUGAUGGGGAGGUUUUUGCAUCUGAUGUCGUUACUUGUGUUGGCCAGAUCAUCGGAAUCGUUGUGGCAGACACCCAUGAUAAUGCAAAAGCUGCUGCAAAUAAAGUAAAUAUCAAGUAUUCUAAGCUGCCAGCAAUCCUCUCAAUAGAGGAAGCUAUCAAAGCUAGUAGUUUUCAUCCACAUACCACAAGAUGCCUUUCGAAAGGGGAUGUUGAACUAUGUUUUGCAUCCAAUACAUGCGAUAAAGUUAUAGAAGGAGAAGUUCUAGUCGGAGGUCAAGAGCACUUCUACAUGGAACCUCAAUGCACUCUUGUCUGGCCAGUUGAUUCUGGAAAUGAAAUUCAUAUGAUCUCAUCUACUCAAGCUCCCCAUACACAUCAGAUGUAUGUUGCUAAUGUUCUUGGUCUUCCACUAUCAAAAGUUGUUUGCAAGACUAAGCGUAUUGGUGGCGGAUUUGGUGGAAAAGAAACUAGAUCAGUAAUAUUUGCUGCAGCAGCGUCUGUAGCUGCCUAUUGUCUAAGAAGGCCAGUAAAGAUUGUUUUGGAUAGGGAUGUUGACAUGAUGACAACUGGGCAAAGACACGGUUUUUUGGGGAAAUAUAAGGUUGGAUUUACCAAUGACGGGAAGAUACUGGCCUUAGACCUUGAAAUUUAG